GAGUCUUCUAAGUUUGAGUUAGGAUAAAUCAUAAAAAAAGGACAAAGUCUUCAAACCCUUAUAGCACUUCCAGUUUCCAAAUGGCAUUUUGGUUAGCACUACUGGAUCGCUUGAAAAUCAUAUUCCCGUACGGGAAUAUGGGAACAAUUUAUAUUAUGAUUCAAUCCACUAAACUUGCCACUAAGACCCUUGCCUAAACCAAUGGAUCUAGCUGCAAUAAUCUACACCAAACACCUGAACACAUUUUAUCUCCACACAAACUUUCCAUUCUGCUACCACUUCAUCAGUGUCGUCAUCUCACUUCUAUUCCGUUAGCCGGACAAACACUACUAAAAAAAUGUAUGUUUUUAUCAGGUGAUAGUGCUCUUAUCUAUAUUAUAUUUGGAUUUGUUUUUUCAGCGAAAUAGAAUUUCAUAAGUUAAAAUUUGAUUAAGCAGAAUCAUUGGCCACGGAUUAUGCUACUUUACCCUCCCUCUGUUCUUCAAAUAUAAUAAAACAAAAUUCACGUAAAGGUUCUGUAGGACACCCGGCCAACGGGCCGGGCCCAAUGCUAGUAUAUAUAACACUAGUCUUAGCCAAUAGAAAAAUUUCGUUUUUAUAAUUUUUUUAUUUUCAAGUGUUGACUAUAAUUAAUGAAAGAGGGACACGUUAGUAAAUAUAAAAAGUUGGCGUCCUAUGAGUUUCGUGAUUUCUUGCGCAAGUUCAAUUCCUCAUUUCUCUCAAAAGUCAGACUGAAAAGAACCAUAGAGAGAAGCAGCGGAAAAGUUGAAAUCGAUAACCGAAGUGCCCAACGCGCUAGCUUCCUCAUAAGGUGAAAUCCGCCUCUUCCAUCACCAGAACCCUACAUCUCCUACUCUUGACCUUGUGGUUUGCAUUUUGAAUUGCUUCAUAACCCAAAAACAAUAAAGAAAAAACACCCCAAGGAGUUGUUCAUGAAGCCGUCGGUGGUGCGAGAGAUGACAAUGAGAUUUGUGAUCCGCCUCUUCUUAACCUUAAUAUUUCUUUGUUCUUUUUUUCAUCUAUUCUAGCGUGGCCCAUAUGAUUGUUAGCCUUAUAUUGCCUAUGUUUGGCCCGACUUUUAGAAGUAUUUUUGGCUUCAAAAGCUGAAGCAAGGUCAAACACCUAUAAAAGCUUGGCUUUUGAAAGAUCGAAAAGCACUUUUGUAUAACAUUAGAGCAACAACUCUGAUUUGGAGUUUCUGCGAAAAUUUAUUUUGAAAAUACAAGAUUAUUUUUGCCAUAUUUUAAUUUUAUUCAAAAAAUAUAAUUUUUUUCAUUUAUAUCAUUUUAAAAAUAAAAUAAAUAAUAAAAUCAUAUUAUUUAAUAUAAAAGAAAUCUAACAAUCGAGACGGGGAAUUCUUUUCGACCUAGUACCAAAAUGCUCCUCUCUUUCCUUCCCUUUUCUCUAUGAAAACUAGGGUUUCCGUCUUUCAUUUCUUCGAUGAAGGCCGUCGCUGACGGGUCCUCACCGGUAGCCGUUGGCGAAGGUCGGUCUUGGGCCUCUCUUUUUGGUGCAGCGGAGGAUAACAAACUGGAGUACUUUGAGCCUGAGCUAGUCAAUGGUUCGCUGCGAAUCCCUAAAUCUGUAAUGGAGGAAGGGGCGAAGCAGGUUGAACCCACUCUAGUGGGUCAAUUUCUACGUGCGCCGCCAUCGAUUGCUUCGAUUCGUUCCUGGGCAAACUUGCUUUGGGUUCGGGAUGGUGAGAUACGUGUCUCUGAGUUUGAUGAUCGUCUUUUUCUUUUCCAGUUCCCAUCCGAAGCUGUCUCGCGUUGGGUGUUUGAAGGCGGUCCCUGGCACUAUCGGAAUAAUAUGAUCUGUUUACGGAAGUGGGUUCCAGGGAUUCAGGCUCUUACGAUUGACAACUCCGCCGUUCCUAUCUGGGUUAAACUUUCGGGCUUACCAGCGGAAUUGUCUUCGAAGGAGGGUCUUGGUCGGGUUGCUAGUCUAAUUGGGAGUCUGCUCUGUAUGGAUCAACCAACGCGUUUCAGACAACGAGUGGGGAUAGCAAAGGUUUGUGUUGAGCUCAAUGCUAAGAAACCACAGGUCAAUCGGAUUAGUAUCACCCCUGAUGGCAUGGAUGAGAUGUUCAUUCAGGUAGAGUACUGUCACUUACCCUAUUUGUCAAUCCUGUGAUGUUUUUGGUCAUGAUUGUACUGCUCCUUGUGGGGUGAAUGUGAAGAAGGUUUGGAGGAAGAAAACAAUUACCACUGUUCAUUUAGCCAGUACUUCAAGGUCCUAGGAAGAAAAUUUUCAGGUCAUCGAACAAGUGACUGGAUCUCCUCCAAUCACUCCUAGUGCUUUGCCAUCUCCGGAAGAUUUUAAUUUGGUGGUUAACGGAGUGAAACCAUCUAUUCAGGUGAUAUCAACUCCGGUCUCUCUGGCGAAUUCUUUUGAGGCAAUUUGUGCUAAGAAUAUUCAGUUGCAGAAUCCCCCUCCGAUUCGUUGGGAAGGAUUGCGUAGUCAGAAAGGGGUCCUUAAGGCCCCCCUUCUGAAGAUAUGACUGUUUUAGUAUGGAACACGAGGGGCUUCAACAGCUCCUCAAAGCACGAUUUUGUGCUUCAGUAUAUACAUAAGUAUAAAGUACAAGUGUUAGCAUUACAGGAAACUAGAGUGCAGCAGAGCAAUGAUAAGAAGAUACAAGAUAAAUUUUCUGAUUUUAUGUUUGCCGAUAACUACAAUGCUCAUUACCUUGGUAGAAUUUGGAUUGCGUGGCACAAGGAUGUGAAGUCGAGGGUUCUACACUGCGACAGUUCUUUCAUACAUAUGUUGGUUUCCAUCACAGCAGCAGAGCAAUUCUUCUUUACUGCAGUUUAUGACUUUAAUGAGGAAAAUGAUUGUUUGACUACUUACACCAGACCGAGGCAAUGGCAAGUAAAAGGAUUUCCAUGGAUGGUUUGUGGUGAUUUUAACGCCAUUCUAAGUCCACUGGAGUCUUCCAACGUUGUUUCUAUGACAUCUAGUAUACACAAUUUUCGUGUUUGUGUGGACUCAAUGGAACUUAUGGAUCAUCAGUACACAAGACCUUUAUUUACUUGGUCCAACCAGCAACAAGCCAGACCUAUAGCGAAGAAACUGCAUCGAAUGCUGGUUAAUGAAGAUUGGUUGACUACACUCCCAGAUUCAUUGGUAGAAAUGUGGAUGCAACAUGAAAGUCGUUUCCCAAGAAUUUUCGUUUUUAUGAAAUGUGGAUGCAACAUGAAACAUAUAAUGAUUUAUUGGCUACUGUUUGGAAUCAUCCUGGACAAGGUUCUAUUAUUCAGUGAGUACUAAAUAGAUUGAAGAAGCUGAAGCUGGUGCUCAAAUCUCUUAACCAUGAGGAAUUCUCAGACAUAUUGAGCCGGGUUAAGUAGUCUGAGAAGAAUAUGAAAGAGAAGCUGAUAAAUGCAUUGCAAAAUCCUUGUGAUGAGUCAUUUGAAGCUAUGAAGCAAUCUACAACUCUUUACUAGAGAUACAAGUGUGCUGAAGAAAUCUUUUACUAGAAAAAGUCUCAAAUUAACUACUUAACUCUGGGGGAUUUGAAUUCUUCUUUCUUUCAUAGAAGUGUCAAGGUGAGAAGAGCAAGAAAGCAUAUUCGACUUAUUGUACUGGAUUCAGGAGAAGUUGUGACUGAUGUUGAAUAGAUUGCGCAGGAAUCUGUCUCCUUUUAUUAAGCACUCUAUGGAAAGAAGAAUGAAGAGAUCACAGUGAAGUUGAGUUCAGUGUUGCCUCUCUUGCGAUCUCACCUAUAAGAAGCUGAUCGUCUGUCUCUUUGUCGAGAGAUUUCUGCUAGUGAAAUUAAAGAUGCUUUAUUCUCUAUGGAUGCUCACAAGGCAUCUGGUCCGGAUGGUUGCCAGCUAAUUUCUUUCAGCACAGUUGGGGGCCCCUUGGUCCAGAUAUUACUGAGGGAAUCAAGGAAUUCUUUCGCUCACGAAAAUUGCCAAAAGGUAUUAACUCUGCUUCCCUAACUUUGGCUCCCAAAGUACCUAAUGCAGAUAGAUGACUAGCUUUCCUCCCUAUUGCCUGCAUCAACAUUAUUUACAAAAUCAUUGCAAAGGUUUUAUCCAAUAGGUUGCAGCAAGUAUUUCCUAGUGUCAUAAGUAUGAAAAAAUCUACGUUUAUCAAAGGGCGUAGUAUCCUAGAUAAUAUACUUAUGGCUCAAGAAAUGGUACAAGGAUACUCUAAGCGCAAUCUCUCAUCUAGAGUUGUUGUUAAGAUUGAUUUGCAUAAAGCAUUCGAUUCUGUUGAUUGGGACUAUCUAUUCUGUGUGAUGGAGGGGAUGCGAUUUUCUCCAAUUAUCUUCAAUGGAUAAAAGCUUGCCUCUCUUCUGCCUACUUCAGUGUGACUAUCUAUGGCUCGCUUUUUGGUUUCUUUGCUGCUAAAAAGGGUGUUAGACAGGGAGAUCCAUUGUCUCCUUAUCUGUUCACCAUUGCUCUUGAACCUCUAUCAUGUAUGCUUGAUGUUGCAUCUUCCUCUAGCUCUAUCACUUAUCAUCCUCAAUGCAAAGCCGUAAAAUUGACCCAUCUCAGCUUCGCAAAUGAUUUAUUAAUUCUUACGGAGGGUUCAACUGCUGCACUCUUGAAGGUAAAACAGAUUCUUUCUGAUUAUUCAAAACUUUCAGGAUUGAGAUGUAAUCCUAAUAAGUGUGAGGUCUUCUUUAGUAGGCAUGUUGUUCUUUAUAAGGACAAUGCGCUUGCACUUACUGGAUUAAGGACGGUACCCUCCCUGUACGUUAAUUGGGACUGCCUCUGUUUGUUGGUAGCUUAACAAGUAGAGAGUGUGACCUCCUGGUAGAUAAGAUCACUAGUAAAUUACGUUCUUGGCGUGCCAAUAAGCUUUCUUAUGUGGGUCGCCUCUAACUUAUCUCUUCAAUGAUCUACUCUAUUAUUCAGUUUUGGAUGUCUAUUCUAUUAUUACCAAUGAAAGUGCUUGAUAGAAUUCAUAAACUGUGCUCUGACUUCUUAUGGCAUGGGGAUAAAACUGGAAGAGCUAAGGUGGUUUGGGAUAUAGUUGCAACACCAAAACGAGAGGGUGGCUUGGGCCUCAAGGAUCUUUAUACUUGGAAUGUGGCUUGUCUGGCUCGUCUUUUUUGGAUGUUGUUUAUGCGAGGAGAAAGAUUUUGGGUUGCUUGGAUAAUUCACUUCAGGCUCAAAGGAAUACUUCUCUGGUCUAUCCAUGAAACAUCUUCUGGUUCAUGGAUCUGGCUUCAAGUGUUGAAGCAUCGUAGUUGGUUCAGAUUUAGACUUGCAGUGGAUCAAAAUGGGGUUGUGACAUGGGAGGGAAAGGCUGUGUAGUGGUUUUCCUUAGGCAGAGUAUGGGAGUCAAUCAUAACUCAUCAUUCAACUGUACCAUGGUGGCAACUCAUUUGGAGUUGUUAUGUUAUACCUGGCACAGAAUUAUUGUUUGGUUGAUCAUUCUUGACAGUAUUGCAACUAAAGCUAAGCUUCAGGCAUGGGGGAAAAUUGCAGAUGAUGUUUGUGUGCUUUGCAAUGCUGCAGAUGAAACUCGAGAGCAUCUCUUCUAUCAUUGUUUGUAUACUCGCAGCCUUUUUUCUGCUGUCUCUAGAGGAUUGGUAAAUACUUUGGCAUGCACCUAGGAAAGCAGACUUCGAGAAGCCAGUUCUCUGGCGCAAUCUGGGGGAGUUAAAGGGCGAGUUGCGAGCGCUAUUUGGUGCUGGGUUAUGUACUUAAUAUGGAAAGAACGUUGUGGCAGAUUUUUUGGUGACCCUCGACUUGACUGGCAGGUGCUACUUUGGCAAUUGUGUGAGGAAAUUCUGCUUGUAGCUAUGGGUAAUAGAGCUUUUUGUACUGAUCUUACUAGUGUUAGUGAUUUUUUGUCACUGUUAUGAGAAACCGGACUGUGGUUCUCUCUGUUGACAAACUCUGUUUGUCUUGUUUUUCAGAUGCUUGAUCUUCUGAUCAAGAGAGCUUCAAUAAAACUUCCAACUUACCGGAAAAAAUCUAACAAGAUCCAUUUUGACUACUUUUUACUGUUUAGAAUUUUUAUUCAGAGUUUAGAUUAUAGGUCUUUUAUAGUUAUUUGACACAACCACAAGUCCAUAAAUCAUACCACAAGUUUAUUAAAACACACCACAAAUACAACGAAGCAUACCAAAAAAUUCGGACAAGCUAAAAAAUCCAAAAACCACACUACAACUCUUAUAAAGCACACCACAACAACUAAAUAUGCUAAAGUAGUAGGCCAGAACUAAGGACCGAAACAAAGAUUAGAUUUAUAGGGAUUUUGACCAAGAAUGAAACAACAAAGAAGGGAAAACGAAGAUCAAGAUCACUUGAUCUGAUUUUCGACAAAGGCCUCAUCCAAAUAAAACUCUAAGUGGGCUGAAAAUGAAAAGGCCCAAAACUAAAGGCAGAGAAAUAAGGCCGAUUCAAGGGUGCCGCUAUUAAAAGGGCAUCACCGGUGCAAACACUUUCUAUUGGGCCACGUCAUGGUACAUGUGGCAGAUUGGGUUUUUAAAAACUAAGUUGAAGAACAAAAAAUCCAAACCUUCAGCCGGUUGGUUAAAUUCUUUCCAGCAGGACCUGGGAAAUCUUUUUAUGCAUUUUGUGUUAUUUCUUUUUUUGCACAAAAACUUUUAUUGUUUUGUUUCUGUGGAUAAAAUAAAAUAGGAGAAAAAUAGAAUACAUAAAGCAGCACAACCUUCCCAUUGGCUGUUGGCCCUCCUUCUCCAUCGAAUUGCAUCGCUGCCGUCGACCAUCCAUUCUCGUCGUCGUCCCCGUCACUCCCAGCCCAAGAAAGAAUCAAUCAUCCUCCUGACCUCCUCGACCCUCUUUCUUCGUCGAAGUGUUGUACCACCGCCGAAUACUCAUUAUCCCACUCCCAAACAUCAUAAAAUUGUCAUUCGUUACUGUUAUCCUCCUCGACCUCCAACCAUGAAUCGAUCCGUCAUCACCCUCGACCCUUUGUCUUCUUGAAAAUGUUAAGCUGCCACCGGAUCCACAUUACCAUGACAAAACAGCAGAAAAUUAUCUUUCUUUUUCGUCGUCCUCGUAAAAAUAAAUUGAUGUAAAAGAAGAAUGAGAUCACAUUAUCUAUGUGGGGCAAGAUUCGGGUAGGGUUUCCCAAAUUAGCUCCCUACUUCCAUCAGCGAAGUUCACUCUAGCAAUUCAAGUGAAGUGCUUAAUUACCUGAAAUGUUGUACUACUAGGAUUUAGUCAUGAAAUUAUACUCUAGCCUAGCCAUUACACACUAUUUCUGGUUCUCAGUCUGCCUGGAUUACUCAUUCCCCGUCUCGCCAAUUCAAAUUGGCCUUUACACACUAUUUCUUUCUUACUUUUUGUCGACUGUUGAGGCAAUGUAAAUCUAUGUAUAAAAGCUUUUGGUAAAG